GUGUGUGUGUGUGUUUGUGUGUGCGUGCAGUGUUUCCGUAAUGGAAUCGGCAUCACGGUGAUCGAAGCACGCGGAGCAACGAUCAGAGACGGGAAACACAAGAGCUUCGACCUCAUCACUCCGUACAAAACCUUCAGCUUCACGGCGGAGUCUGAGCGGGAGAAGCGGGACUGGAUGGAGGCGCUGCAGGACGCCAUCACAGAGACGCUGUCAGACUACGAGGUGGCCGAGAAGAUCUGGUCCAACCGGUCCAAUCGGAUCUGUGCCGACUGCAAGGCCCUCAACCCAGACUGGGCCUCCAUCAACCUGUGUGUCGUCAUCUGCAAGAACUGUGCAGGGCAGCACCGAGGUCUGGGGACCAUGGUCUCCAAGGUCCAGAGUCUGAAGCUGGACACCAGCGUGUGGAGCAACCAGAUCGUCCAGGUGAGACCGGAACCAGACCCAGAUCCUAUGGGCCGGCCACGGAGCUUAGA